AUGCUUUUGUCGCACAAUGCCGAAAAUCUCGAGGGCGAACAUACCGAAUGUAUGAGUGUAGACUUCCACGGACGUCCCUCAUCACUCAAUCGAUUCAUGGAAGGUAAAGGAAGAGCGAGAGAUGGAUUCACAUUUGAGCUGUGCCCUGGUCAGCGACAUGAAGUUACUGUAGAAGUUCGAGCGCACUAUCAAAUGCUAGAGAAUGAUGAGCCGGGGAAAGCCUGUCGUGAUGUGGAAGACGACGAGGAUAGCGAAUUUGACUGCAGAUCUCGUUGCCGAAUGGAAAUGAUUCGGGUUAGUUCCGCAAUUCUAUGUCCAAACCGAAUUGAGGUCCAAAUUUUUCCAUGCUUCGAUGUGGGAUCAAAUUUUUGA